AUGGCAGAAUUUGCUGACGCCCUAAAUGACUGCCAACUGCUCGAUCUUGGGGCAGAUGGGGCAAUAUUUUCGUGGGCGAGAGGGGAAAUCUUUGAAAGAUUGGAUAGAGCAUUAAUUGGGGAGGGUUGGCCGGACCUGUUAUCAACUUCUAGAGUCACUAAUCUGCCAAGGAUCCUCUCGGAUCACAUCUCGCUGCUCAUUCAAUGUCAGAUACCUGGGCCUCCAAUUCGCCCACCGUUCAGAUUUCAGAGCAUGUGGGUUAGGCAUCACUCUUUUUUAAAGGAGGUGGAGGAGUGUUGGAAAGAAGACACGGGGGAGAAAGGAAUGGUGAAUUUACAACUUAAACUGGGCCGGCUGAAGAGAAGCUUAAAGUCUUGGAAUAAGAAUAUUUUUGGUAAUAUUUUUGAAAAGGUAAAGCAAGCGGAGGAGGAAGCACAAGAGGCGCUUAAAAGAUUUGAAUUGUUACGGACUCCUGCCUGUAGAGUAGAAAUGAAUCGGACGGCAACAGAACUUACUUUAAAGCUUUAA